UCACUCUCAUGCCUCAAAUCACAAACCCUUUCAUGGCCACCUCCGGGAUCCAGAGAAAUCCGGCCUUCAAGAACAAGGGCAAGUUUUUUACCCUUUCUCAGUUUCUUGACUUCGCUAAAGCCAAAGCUGUUGCUGGGGUUAUGAUCAACAUUCAACAUGCGUCGUACUUAGCAGCAAAGAAAGGUCUGGACAUAAUAGAAAUCGUGACGAACAGUCUGAAAAACGCUACGUUGGAGAACCAGCGAGUGUUCAUUAGAUCAGACGACACUUCGGUGCUGUCUAACUUCCAAAAAAUUCCAAACUACACUCGAGUGUUGACGGUAGAUACCAAGAUAGGCGACGCCCCGAUGAAGCCCCUGGAGGAGAUCAGGCACCAUGCACAAGCCGUGGCCAUCCCUCGAGCCUCCGUCAUCAAGAUCACCAACUACUUCACCACCGGCGUGACCAAAGUGGUGAAAGAGAUGCAAGCUGCUAAUCUCACGGUCUUCGUGUUCGUGAUGAGGAACGAAUACGUGUCUUUGGCCUAUGAUUUCUUCUCCGAAUCCACCAUGGAGAUCGCCACCUACGUGGACCUCUUCCACGUGGACGGCGUCAUCACCGAGUUCCCUAAGAGUGCCAGUAGAUACAUAACUUGUCCAUGCAGGACCAACUUGCCAAGAAAUGAUUCUUAUUCAAUCAUGCCACCAGAAAUAGGUUCGCUGCUGGAUUUGGUCCCGGAGUAUGCUCAACCACCGGCCGAUGCUCCAUUCCCGCCGUUGAAUGUGGGGGAUAUCGUGGACCCGCCGCUCCCGCCGGUCAGCAAGAAUGCCACUAACGGCGGCUCCUCUAAAGUCGGUGGGCCGGCCACCGGCACAUCGUCACCGGCCCUCUCAAACCACCUUCCUAACUUGUUUCUCUCUCUAUUCUGCAUUUUCAUGCUUACACUUACCCUCCUCUCCAAUUCUCACUCUGCCCUAUAAAUGUCAAUAUGAAUAUAAUCUAACUUUCCUCUACUCUAUUCUUUUCUUUAUUAAUAUAUGCGGGGGAUCGGAUUUCAUUUCCAUGCCAU